UACACCUGCUUAUUCCUUUCCCAUUAGUAUUGUAGAACUUCCGUGAAUUAGCAGUGCAUACAACGGAUGAUUUUUUAACUCGAUGGCAGUGUUGCCACACAAUUUGUCAUGACACGAUUAUAUAUUAUACCGAAUUCUUAACGUUGUGUGUGGAUAUAUCGCUUUAAUGUCUGGAAAUUACCCAAAAUGGCAUCUUUCACUGGAUCAAUGAAAUUAAAAAUCUGCGAAGCGGUCGAUCUACGACCCACUGAUUGUGCCACUCGCCUUCAGAUGAGUGUAGCUAAGGCCGUACAGUUAAUUGACCCGUAUAUUUCAAUAGAUCUAGAUGACAUUCAUAUCUACAGGACGUCAACAAAGCCAAAAACUUUAAAACCAGUAUGGAAUGAAGAUUUUCAUCUGGAAGUCCAUAAUGGCCAAACUAUCGGACUGACAGUUUUCCAUGAUGCUGCCAUUCCUCCGGACGAAUUUGUGGCUAAUUGUUUCCUCUCAUUUGAUGACAUAAAAGACCAGAAAACGAGAGACAUGUGGAUUGAUCUGGAGCCAACAGGAAAGAUACAUAUAAUUAUACAGCUUUAUAAUGCCGAAUCAACUGAAGCUUCUUUUUCAGAGCCACCAAAAGAAAGAGUGUUCAAAGAGAAGGAAGGACUUCUUAAUCGACGACGUGGUGCCAUGCGCCGCAGAGUUCACCAAAUCAAUGGGCACAAAUUUAUGUCAACACUAUUUAGACAACCAACAUUUUGCUCAUUAUGUAGAGAUUUCAUAUGGGGUCUAUGGAAACAGGGGUAUCAGUGUCAAGUGUGCACAUGUGUUGUUCAUAAGAGAUGUCACAGUCAAGUUGUCACCAAAUGUCCCGGUUCUAAACAAGUACAGAAUGAUGAAGUAGUUUCUGGUCAAAGAUUUAGUAUAAACGUGCCACAUAGGUUCAAUAUACACAAUUAUAAACGGCCAACAUUCUGUGAUCAUUGCGGAUCUUUGUUGUAUGGGUUAAUUAGGCAAGGAUUACAAUGUGAAGUAUGUAAAAUUAAUGUUCACAAACGAUGUCAAAAGAAUGUAGCAAACAAUUGUGGUAUAAAUACACGAGAAAUGGCGGAGAUAUUGUCCGAGCUAGGCAUAACCACUGAUAAACAUGGCACUAAGAAAAAGAACCAGGUUAUAUUAAAAACAGUAAAAGAACUCACCUCAAGUAUGGCAGUAAAGCACUCGUACAGUGAUUCCCCAAGUAAAUCGUUACCAGACAAUAGAUCAUCGUCACCUUUAUCAGUGUUACCGGGAGAAAAUGAUGAUACAUUCAUAGGUGGUUAUGGGGAUAACAAAAAUCUUCUUGUCUCAUGUCCUGACGAUUACCUGUCGGGGCGACCUCACAGUCCUUCACAUGACCGCAGAUGGAAAUCAGAUAAAUAUUCGCUGUCAGAUUUUGUAUUUAUUAAAGUUUUAGGAAAAGGAAGCUUUGGUAAGGUGAUGUUGGCAGAGAAGCGAGGUACAGAAGAAGUUUAUGCAGUAAAAGUUUUAAAGAAAGACGUUAUAAUACAGGAUGAUGAUGUUGAGUGUACGAUGACAGAAAAACGCAUUCUAGCUUUAUCGGCGAAACAUCCUUUUCUUACGGCACUUCAUUCAUGCUUCCAAACUAGGGAUCGUUUGUUUUUUGUGAUGGAAUAUGUAAAUGGUGGUGAUUUGAUGUUUCAAAUACAAAGAUCACGCAAAUUUGAUGAACCUAGGGCCAGAUUUUACGCAGCAGAAGUAACGCAAGCACUAAUGUUCCUUCAUCGAAAUGGUAUUAUAUACAGAGAUUUAAAAUUAGAUAAUAUUCUACUAGAUGCUGAGGGUCAUUGUAAGAUAGCAGAUUUUGGAAUGUGUAAAGAAGGCAUGCAUGAAAGUAAAUUAACGCAGACAUUCUGUGGUACACCGGAUUAUAUAGCACCUGAAAUUUUACAAGAAUUAGAAUAUGAUGCUUCAGUAGAUUGGUGGGCGUUAGGUGUAUUAAUGUAUGAAAUGAUGGCGGGACAGCCUCCUUUUGAAGCUGACAAUGAAGAAGAUUUAUUUGAAUCUAUAUUACACGAUGAUGUAUUAUAUCCAGUAUGGCUUAGUAGAGAAGCUGUUGCAAUUUUAAAAGGGUUCAUGACGAAAAAUCCAACAAAACGAUUAGGGUGUGUGAAACAGCAAGGAGGAGAAAAAGCAAUCUUAGUUCAUCCAUUCUUCCAUGAGAAGAUUGACUGGGAGGCUCUAGAACAAAGAAAAGUUAAACCUCCAUUCAAACCAAAAAUUAAAUCUAAAACUGAUGCCAACAAUUUUGACAAAGACUUUACUUCAGAAGAACCAACGUUGACCCCUGUUGAUCCCUCCGUUGUCAAGGCGAUUAAUCAGGAAGAAUUUAGUGGAUUUUCUUUCAUUAAUCCCGACUAUGGAAAGACAUUACAGGCCUCCGAUAUCCAUUAACACAGGAGGAAACAAUAAAUUGCCAAGUCCACGUCUUUCUGCAUCUAGUCAUUAUUCAUUGUAAUUGUCCUAUUUUAUGACAUCACUUCAGCAUCCGUCAACUGUCAGCACCAUGUCUUUUAUUAUUUUUUUCAAUCCAAAUGAAUUUGUCUUGCAUAUGAAUGAAAUUUUUGACUUUAGACAUUAAGGAAACAGCAAGCAAUCAAUCAAAUCAGAUCAGAGUUUUAGAAUUAUUUAUAUUACAUUUUUGCCAAUAUUAUUUUGGGAUUGAUAUACAUGUUUGUCUCAUACACAAACAUAUAAAAAAUUAGAAAGGCUCCUUAUCACUAAAAUUUUCAUACAUAUUUAUUCCACUCAAGAGGUGAGCAGUACAUGUCAUUUUUAUAAUUCUUGUUUUUUAUGAUUUAUUGUUUUUAUGCAUAUUAGAAGCUGUUUCUUUGAUUGAUAUUGAACAAUUUUAAUGGCUAUUCACAUUGACAGUUAAAUGAUUGUAAUUAAGAAUUUUAAUUUAUUUAUUAAAUUACGGACAAUGUUACAGACUCUUAAAAUCAUGUGACUUAUCUUACAGCAGGGUAUACAGAUUCAGCCAUUGAAGUUUCUUGCUCACCUGCACAACAGGUUCAAGUGAGCUAACAUAACUUGGCACAAGUAAACAAUUAUUCAUCUGAAACAGACAACAGACCUAAUUUGGCUGCAAUCCUGAUUAAUGUGCGAAAUUUUGAAAUAAAAGCUUGAUGUAUUAAAAAAGAAAAAAACUUGAUGAUAUAUCUCUGGUCUUUAUAUUGUAAAGUAUGGGUUAAUCUGUUUGUUGAAUUUGUAUUUUCAAUUCAUUACAAUUUUUCACUGUUUGGUUUUUUGCCCUAGCAACUGGUAUUACAUCAAGGUCUAAUUUAAAAAAAACUUGUAUUUUUUCAUUGGUAUUUUUCAGUAUCCAAGUAUUGAUAUUGUACAACACAUCAAUGUUUAGGUCACUAUGACCUAAUAUCACACUUGAAAAAUUAGUGAUAAGUGUACAAAUUAAUUCAUUUCUUGUAAACUUGAUGUUAUAUUUACUAUUGUUUUUUACCACUGUAAUCCUUCUAUAUACGUUAGCUAAUUUGUGCAACACUGACUCACUCAACUUACACAUUACUGUCCUGGUUUAUUUGAGUGAGAUAAAAAUUAAAUUGUAUUGAAAAGAAAUUUAAGUUCAGUUUGUUAGUUGAUAUUAGAUAUUUGUUUAUAUUACCACAAUCUGGUCUAAACUGACUUUUCUGAAUUGAAUAUUUUGUUCAAAUAAUAUAAGGGAUAAUUUUUUACAGAUUUCAGCCUUUCCUGAUGCAACAGUUUAGUUCAGAUAGAUUUUUAUUAUUCAUU